AUGAAGUUCCCGCUGCCGAAGAACCUCUUCCCGCCGCUCGAGCUCUCGAGUGCACAGGAGCGCGACUUCGAGCAGCUUGCGAAUACGCUCAUCAAGGCCACACUUGGCGAGUACGACCGGUUCGUCCGGCGCGACCACAAACGCGUAGACGCGCGACGCUGGAAACCCAUUCGGACGCGCGACGGCGUCUCGAUCUACCAAGAGCGCACGUCGGGCGCCGACGUGUGUCAACAGACGCCCACGAGUCUCGCACUCUAUCAAAGCACUCUGUCGACAACGAGUAGUCGACCGAGUCAACCUCAGCACCAGGCGGACCGGUCGACGGGUCUGCAGACGUCCGCCCUUUCGGCCGGCACUAGUCAAUGCGGUGUCUCGGUCAACAGCGCGUACGCCUUUGGCCCUGCGUCGCCGCGAAAGGCCAAGUCGUUCUCGGACAUGGACACGCAGGACACGAGCCUCGAUAUGACCGGGAACAACAGCUACAGCAGCUGCAACGGUGACGGUUCGUUCGAGCCGCCGCACGUCACGACCGCCGCGUUUUCCGGCACGAAACAAAACGACAACUCGGGGCUGCCGCGACUGCUUGCGGUCGGCACUUUGCGGGGGUCCCUGGACGACGUCAUGUACGGCGUCGUGUCCCCGAACGCGUCGUCCGUUCGUCUCCGGAGCUCGUACCUUGAUGAACACAUUGCCGACUGCGCGGUGCUGCGCGAGAUCAAAGGUCCGUCGGCCGCUGACCCCUUCAGUUUCCUAGGGAUCAAGUGGUUGGUUCGUGCGAAACAUCGCGGCGCGACGCGCAUCGUUCUGCCUCGGGACUUUGUCGUGCUCGAGUUCUCGGGCGUCAUGAUGCGGCCCGAUAACUCGCGCGUUGGCUUCCACCUCAUGCACUCGGUGCAGCUCCCGACGUGCCGGGAGCUCCACGAGCACCGCAUCGUGCGGGCCAAUGUCUCGAGCUGCUACAUCUUUGAAGAAACGUGCAACAACCUCGUGCAGAUGUUCAUGACGGCGUCCGUGGACCCGCGCGGACACGUGCUCGACCGAAUGGCCGUGCGGUCGGCCGCCACUGCUCUGAGUAAUUGCUGGAAGUCCGUGAGCUGUGCACACAACAAGAAGCUCGCGUUCUGUCUACAGAACGAGCGGCCGUCGGCCGCCAACGCGACCGCACUCGCGUCGUCGUAUGGCAGUCACGCACUCGGGAGUAGCUUCGCCAGGUCGUCUCGAUGUGGGAUGUCCGCGCUGCGGCCAGUGAACGAGUCGUCCGUGCACGAGACAAUGGAGCCUGUAUCCCAGCGGAGUGACUACAGUUCGACGGCCCGUCGUCGUCAAUGCGGGGUUUGCCGGGGCAAGCUGGGGAAGCUGUCCAAGACCCUUUCGUGCCAGCUCUGCUGCGACCAGAUCUGCAGUCGCUGCCGCGUCGUGCGCAAGCUCAGCAGCAACACGCUCAAUGCGCAGAUCACGCAGUCGGCCAUCGACUUUUGCAAGAAGUGCGUCGCGAGUGUCGGCGACGAGAGUGCCCUGGAGAUCGCGCGUCGAGAAUUGUGGGUCCGUACGCAGGGCCGCACGCGAUUGUCGUCGGGGGUCUCGACCACGCACGCGAGAAGCAGCUUCUCGCAGGAGAAGAGCACGUAUUCGACCGUUGUGCUGGGUCGAAGCAGUGAUACAAACAGCCGAGGCAGCGGGGCGACGAGCUGCUUUAGCUACGGCCGCGACCUGGACGGCUCCAGCCAGAGUCGGAAUCCGCAGUACGAAGAGUCGUCGCUGGGCUACUCGGUAGGUCCUCGGCUGUCGACUUCGACUCAGUUGUCGACCCCGUUGCAGCUUCCAAGCUCGUUGACUAAGCACAGGACGCGGAGCACCUUGAGCAUGAGCACGGAUCGGUUGUCGGGUGUUACCUUGCCGAACGAGUCGCUCUCACUUACGGACCUUGGCAUGGGGGAUAACAGCAAAGGAGCAGUCACUGCUGUUGUUGGUGAUGAUGCUGAUGAUGGGAAGGAGGAAGCGAGAGGAGAGGAGCCGGUCGUGCUGGAUCACCGCAUGACCCUGACUAUUCGCAGUCUCCGGCAUCUGGACUACGUCUUGUCCGUGGGGGAGCAGGACCUCGUGAACGAACUCGAGAGCGAGGACACGGAAGAUUACAGCGAGUUCGAGAGUGGUGACGAACUUGAGGGGCGGUCAAGUUACGCCUCGUCGGUGGCUGUGCUGGACGACGACUAUGAAGCGUGCGAGACACCUCGGAGUGAAGCCACACAAUCUCAGCGCGAGUCUCCGAUUGUCGAGGGGGAUGAAGGUGAAAAGCACGAGCGUGAGGCGGCUUCGGAUCCAGCGUCAUCAGGUGACAAGCAGCAGGAGGGAGAGGAGGACCCGGCAGAGCGUUGCAUGCAGGAUGGAAAGGAAGAGGUACCUGCUGAAGAGGACAACCGAACAGGUGAGCUGACUUCGGAAGGUACAGAAGUAUCGGGGCAGCAAGUAUCCGACGAUAGCCACACGUCGGCGCAAGGCGAUGGUGACGGCGGCCGAGAGAGUGAGGACGACGUCAUGUCGAUGACUCAGCUCGACCUGAAGAAGGGCAAGUCCGAGCCGGAUAUCAAGCUCACGCUGGACCUGCCGCCGCCGCGUGAGCACCGAGCGCACACGACGGUCUCGUCCGAGGAAACCGCGACGUACCAGCACCAUCUUUUCCAGCAAAUGCAGGACUUGCACAACGUCGUGGAAUCGACGUACCAAGUCGCUCGAGCCAACACGGAAGCGGCGUUCAAGAAGCGCGACAGCGGUCGCGUGGCCAAGCCUUCGCCGUCCCACGCGGCUGGCAACCUCCGUGGCGUUCGGACGUUUUCCCAGCCCUUUGCUUUCAACGUGGUGGGUCUGCGUUCAACGCGUGCGAUGACCGUCGGCAUUGGCAAGCAGUCGUAG